UUAACAGUUUGAAUUUAUUUAGUCAAAAUAAAUAAAUAAAACGCAGUAAAUGACACACAUCUGUAAUUAGUUUGAGUGAUUUGUGGUUUGGACGUAAAGCCUGCAGACGUGACCACAGACACCGUGACCCCGUGCCCCGAAUGAACACGAGCGAUGAAUACAUUUCAUUAAAAAAUUAAAUUAAAAAAAAUAAUACAAAAUGCACGAAUUUCAAGCGAUGGCUUGAUCGUGUGGAUAUUGUAAUUUUUAUAUUAUUAUUAUUAUUGUUAAUGCUAUGCUGCACCUUGGUUCAUUUGGCCUCCGGAUCCAGUCUGCACUGUGAGAGGUCACGCUUUCACACACAAAGCCUCCAUUCAUUUUUUUUAGCUUUGUGUCUCUGUGAGGCGAUCGGACCAUCCUGGAAACUGAGUCUUGCCUUUUUUUUCUUUUUUUCUUUGUUUGUUUGUUUUAACCUCUUUAACGUUUUCUAAUGUUGAACUGAAGCUGCAUACGAGGUCAUAUCUAAAUGGGAAACGGAAGUGCGGCGAACACUUCUAUAAUCGUAUUUAAAAUAACAGAAAAAGAACUUCACAAUUUUAAAAAAGCGUGUAGUAAACAUGGACUAAAAACUACCAAGCCUAUUUCACACUUGUAAUGUCGGGUAUGAUUUGAUUCCUCCAUAUUUGCGGCUUCUCCAGCAGCUGAGGCGACAUCUGACGGGACUGUCCCUGUGACUGCUUUCUACUCAUUGUCAAAAUCCCCUCCUGUCAGGGCGUUUUCGACAAACACUGACGAAGCGCCAGCUCUCGGAUCAGUCCGCACUGUCACGUUCCGCACACGUCCACGAGAUGUCGCUACCAGCGGGACCUUAAAGGGAUGCCAACCUACUUAAACACAAAGACCCCGCAGGUUAAAAAUUCAGAAGAGCUCCUCAGUGGAUGAAUCUUUGAUGACAACUCAGUGACUCACUCCACUCUGUACCCAGCUGCACAAUUAGAGGCAGCAGGGGAACAGCCUGCUCCUGCACUCGCUCUCUUUUGCAGAAGAAGCCCGCAGCAGGCUUGACUUUGCCUUCCAGAUGUGGGGAGACCUUGCGGUGCAUCAUCCCGCCACUAGAUGAAGCUCAAGUUCGGAUACAUUGCAUUUUUUCCCUCCUCCUUUGUCUGCUCUUUCUGUUUGUAGAUGGCCUGCCUCUAAAAGAAUUUCAAUACAGAGAUCAGACUUCUCUUAACGCAGUCAGGGAUUUGAAAUCAGACGUUUUUCCCCUCCCAGGAACUUUAACUUUUUUUUGAAAAUGAAAACAAUUUUAUAGCAAGCAACAUUUUGAAUUGAACUACAGGCUGUCAGAUACAAAAUACAACUUAAGAACUCCAGUAAAAGUUAAAUAACACACCCUGAACACUUCAGCAGUGAAUGAAUUACGGUGCAGAAAAGCGCAAAGAUGUUAACAGAUGGCUGAGGGCCUUCAAACUGAUUGUGUCUUUAUAGAGCAAAGACAAAGAGCUGGCCGGCAGUACCCAACAACUGGAUCGCUCCUAAUUAGAGGUUGACAAAGAGAGGGGAGAGUGUGCUAAGUGCUGUGUAGGGAGAGAGAGAGAGGGAGAGCACAUGAGCGAUGCCCCCCGCCCCAAUCCCCAGAGUGCAGCAGCAGAAAGCCCUCACUCUGUUUAUUCACUGACAAACUCUCCAGCCAUGCACUGCUACCAGCCUCUUUGGGGUUUUUUAUCUUUGUGUGGGUGAGAUGUUGCCAAAUCUGAUUAUUUUGACGUGUUUUCUGGCUCUUCGCUGUGCAGCUGAUUUGUGCAACUGGACUGGAAGCGGUUUUGCAGCUGGCGUGGAUUCCAGGAUUGUACUCCAGGUGCGGUUACGCUGUACAAAGGGCUCGGUGAGGUGGGUCUACCCGGGUCAGGCCCUCAGAGUGGUCCUCGAGCCCAAUCUGUCCUCCGCCCGGCACACCUCCAUCUGCAUCAAACCGUCUCCCUCCUUCAGCGGAGCCAGCAUGUUCAUUGAGCGUGCCGGGCAGCUGGAGCUGCUGGUGACGGACAGCGGGCGGCCGGAGUAUCAGGUGUUCUGCUUCCCGGCAGACGGACCUCACAAGCCCGUAAUCUACCUCCAGGCCAGCCCUCAGAGUGAUGGACCGCGGAACAGACGCACGGUGGGCUUCAAAUACGAGCUGCUCACCAACAGGACUGCUGCUGCGCCAAACCUCGGCCCCAGCGGGCUGGAGACAUCCUGUCGACCGUGCAAUGACACAGAACUUCUCAUGGCUAUCUGCAGCAGCGACUUUGUUGUUCGAGGCUAUAUCAAAAAGGUCACCCAUGACUCUCGACGUCAAAUGUCCUCAGUGGAGGUAUCAGCGCUGAGGGUGUACUGGCAGCGCAGUGGAGUGUUUGAGCAACAGCUGGAUCCACUGGUGUCAUGUCAGUCCUGGCGUGGACACAUCCACACACUCCUGCAGUGCCACGUCAAGCCCGGAGAUGGAGAGUUUCUUUUCACUGGGUCAGAACACUUUGGGGAAGCUUGGUUAGGGUGUGCCCCGCGAUACAAAGACUUCCUGUCUGUCUACCACAAUGCCCGAACGGCACGCCAGAAUUCCUGUGACUUUCCUUUAGACUGAGGAGGUGUGUGUGUGCGUGUCAUCUUAGCAAUACUGAGCUGAGAAGUCUAACCACCUCUGCACUGGUGCAUUUCAGAUCCUUGCUGUCACGUUUCACCAAGGUGGCACCAGCAGGGAAAAGCCGCUGAAAUGCUGGUGAUAAAAACUAAUUUGGAGGAGGAGAACAGAGUUAACCAGCAGGGCCUCCUGCACUGCAGCUCAGAGAGGGCCGGCCUUUGUCUCUCUUCCAUCACUGCCCUCAGUCCUGGGAGAAUAAGGAGGGGUUGGGUUGCUGCUCUCUUUUUGUGCCUCUCCCUGCAUUAACUGUUGUUCAUUUUGCUGCCUCUCUGUGACAAUUGCCCUAUGAACUGAGGCAGGAGGGUGGAUUGAAGCACAGCCAUUUAUUAUUGCCAGUUUGUUUUACUGAAUAGGAGUGUACAUAUAUACGACAUUUUAUUGUGAAAUCAUCUGUUUUGUGUUUACUCCUGUCUGUUGGAUCCUGCACGAUGCAUUUUUUUCUUUCUGAUUCAGGAUUGCAGUGCAGCAAUCUUUUUUCUUGCAGCUGGAAAUGUUUGCAGUAGAUAUUUUACUUUAUUUCCUUUCUUUUUUUAUUCGGUUGGAGAGUGGAUGAAAUCUAGAAACAACUGAGACUCCGGAUUGCUGAGCUUUAAAUAAAUCAAAUAUGUCUACACGUC